AUGCUAAGACACACAACGACCAAACGAUCCAUAAUACGAUCCCCCCUCCGUUCCAUCCAACGUACCUACACCACCCCCAAAAAACCAUUCGUCUUCCAGCCAUACCUCCCAAAUGACAAUUCGAAAUACAUCUUCCCCCAAGAAAAACUCACCCCUGAAGAAAACCAAGCCGCCAUCCCCCCUAGGCCCACUUUUGAUGACAUCAGCAAGAAAGUCUUCGAUAUCCCAAAUCCUGAAGAUGUGGCUGAUUUGGUGACGAGGUUGAAUAAGACCGAUAUAUUAAUUUCAAGAUUUUCGAAAUCGAGAAGAUUGUUUAAUAAUAGUCAUACCGUCGUCAUAAAGAAUAAAGAAGGCGGUGAUAGGGCUGGUGUUAGGCAGGUUGUGUUUCCAUAUUUGAAUGUGGCUAAUAGUUGGACUAGAUUAUUUAAUGCCCAAAUCAAACCUUUAAAAGAUGUGGCAGCUACUAAGGCUGGGUUUGGGGUUAGUAUUACCAAAACGUUGAAAGCGAAAUUGGAUUCAGUGUAUGAGAAAAGUAAUGAUAUUGGCGAGUUCUUUAGAGAAGUGAAUGCGUUGGAGAAUUCGAGGUUGGUUUUGAAAGGAAAGGUGAAUCCUGUGGAAUUGGCGGGGUUGAUAACGAUUGAUAAUGCCACUAUUUAUUUAUUGAAUCGAGGUGAUAUUCUUGAUGAUUUUAUAGAAUUGAUGCAAUUAAUCACAUUUAUUCAAUCCAAUGUUUCUAUGUUCACGAAUAAAGGAUUGAGCGAUGUUUUGGAGAAACUUGCGCGCGUGGUGUAUAAUGAUUCCACAAGGGAAUCUGAUUUACAUGUCUUGAACGAUUUUCUUAAGGGAUUGAUUGAGACUCAGAGAGAUGUGAGUAUUGCGAAGUUACAUCCCGUUACUUUGGAUAAAUUGGCGUAUAUUUUGAUUAAAGAGGGAGAUUUGGCGUCUGGGUUUGAAUUAUUGAAGAUAAUGAUUGAUGAGAUGUCAGAAUGUCCUAGUGAGAAGACAUUGGCUGUUAUAUUUAAUGAAUAUAAUCAACAGCAUUCUGGGAAAAGUAUAGAAGAAAUGAUAAGGGAGUUAUGUUUCUUAAAACCAGCUAUAUUUCAUAAAGGUGUCGAUGUUAAUUCAUUUCCAGUUUUGUUGAAAAUUGUGAGAGAUUUACGUGAUUUUCAAAAAUUGAUUGAUUUAGUUGGGGAUAAUAAAGUUGUACUUGAUACUUUCCAACUUGAUAUCUUUAAAAGGUUUAAACAAUUUCAAGAUCAAUUCUCUGUAGAUGAAUACGAUUCAAGACAAACAAGAAGGUUAUACUUAACGCAAUUGAUAAGAGUAUUUCAACGAAAGAGAAUCAAUUUGAAUGAAGAAACAAUAAAACAUUUAAAGAAUGAAUUUACUUUAUUGAAAGAUCCUGUCAAUUUGACUGUAUUAAAUAAUUUAUAA